AUGGUUAGAAGUCAGAAUCGCCGAACGAACAGGCUAGUUGUGAGAAUAAAAAGCGAAAGAGUCAGGACUAGGUUUGCUAGCCUCUAUUACCCGACACCGGCCGAACUUCCGAACUUUCAUGGACAUGUUUUCUCGUUGUGUGUGGCAUCCCUCUCUGACUCUCUCGUGACUCUCGUCUUGAAAUUAGCAUCACUCCUCCAUCAGGAUCCAUCCUGGAUCAGACCUCCAUCGAACGACCUACACGAAAAGUACUUCGCUUCUCCAUCAUUCAUUUGUACGAACGAUCAACACGCAAUAUACUCCGCCAAAGGAAGCAACGCACCCUACGAUGGCGAAAUAAAGAAGGAAGGUAACGCCAUUUCAGUGGAGCGUCGCGCGAUGCGCCUACUGAGCAGACGUUACACUCUGACGACCACAGGCUAUAAUUAAUUAACAGGCUAUAUUUUUGGGAAUUGGAAUCAACGUUAGUUGAUUCCAAUCCACCGAGCUACGUGGAGAUCGCUCUGGAAGAUCAUCGGGAAUAGGAACUGAUACUCUCUCUCGAAACGUAGAAGGGACUACGAGCAGCGAUGGAACAUCUAUAAAUUGCUGCGAAACGAUUACAAAGACAAUUUUAUAAGUGUCUGUUAACCAUCAGAGUUUGCCUGAUGAACGACGUUACACUACGUUUUGAAUCUAUGAUCGAAUCGACCUUACGUCGAAUGUUUGAUCUAGACGAAUGUAUCGAUGUGAUAUUCGAUCGACUCAUCAAAUUCGUCGAUACGAUCGAUGCCAAGUGUACGCGAUUCUCCAACGUCGCGUCUGUUGUAACCGAUCCCGAGGAAGUAUCAAACGCAAUACGCGAUUGUGAUAUUUUCGAUAGACGUCAAUUCGUUGAUUGCGAGCUAUUAACUUUAGUUUUUAGUGUGUAAGAAAAAAAUAUGAAUAAAAAAAUUUCAUGCUUAAGU